AAUCAGAAGUACGAGUAGUUUGGCCGAAGAAGACGGCGAAAGGAAGUUUGUAAACUGCUGUUGUUUUGUUUUUUCAUUCGUAUUGUCAUAUAGUUCAGACAAAAAGAAGAAAAAAGGAGAGUCACUAUGCCCGUUAUAUGUGCGGCAACAGGAUGCAACAAUAAGUUUGUGAAAGGGUCGGAAAUAAGAUUUUACAGGUUUCCUCUUAGCAAGCCUCAACUCGCCAGCAAAUGGGUGCACAGCCUUGGGAUGAAAAACUUCAUCCCAACGGCCAACACUUGCCUGUGUUCGGAGCACUUUAGGCCAGACUGCUUCAGAGACUACAAUGGCAAACAGUUUCUCCGAGAGGAUGCGGUGCCCACCAUAUUUACCCAAGGACAGGAUUCCUCAAAGAUUGAACUGCGUAAAAGAGGAGUAAUCCUGAAGGAGACAAAUGUCGCAAAUCAGAUGACGACACAAGCGGACAGAGACAGAGCAAAAGAAGCUGCUCUUCGCAGAGACAAAAGAGGAGGAAUGAGGGGGGGACGAGGUGGCCGUGGAGCGAAACAGCUGUCAGACAGGCAGAAUGUUGGAGCCAAAAACAAAGUGUACGACAACAAAGGGCGACUGCUCUCCAAUGGCAAGGACUUGUGUGACUGUUUGGAUGUGGACUGCAUGGGCUGCUUCUACCCGUGCCCUGAAUGUGGAUCUCGCAAGUGUGGCAUUGAGUGCCGCUGUGACAGGAAGUGGCUUUACGAGCAGAUGGAAGUGGAAGGUGGCGAAAUCAUCCGGAACAAGUUCGCCAUUUAGUUUUCAGAUGUGCUUUUCUUUCUCUCUGAUUUCAUAUCCAAAUCAGGCUGAUGGACCAUUCAAGACUGUGAUGCACUCUUUAAGAAAUAAUCCACAAUAUUUAUCAAGUUUUACAAACCUAACACGAGAAGAAAACUCUUUUUUUCCCCUCUUUUCUUUAAAUAAAGAUUUUUUUCCUCAAUAUUUAAUGUCUGUGCUGUUGAUAUAGUGUAGCAUGUUGUUUUUUAAAAAGGACUUUUCUGUAGUAUUAUCAGCAGUUUGGUUUGUAAAUGGGGAAAACAUAUGGAGUGUAAUGUAUACAUUGUAUAGUUUGUAUAGAUGAUUGGAGCAUGAAGUCAGUAACAUAUUUAUCAGUAAAUGGGAUGGUGACAUAGUAUCAUCCAACCGCUAACAGGGUUUUAAAGUUAAUAAAUAAAAUAAAUAAAAAAAGGGAACUCUCAGUCAUCGCCCAGGGCGUCUUGUCUUAAUACCUGUCGGGCACACAACAUUUCAUUUAAACAUUUCACUGUCACCAAAGCAGGGGAAAUGAAAAAUGGUUUAUGAUUCUUAAGUGGACGAAUCGAUGUCCCUGAAUUUUAAUUGACUUUGACUUAUACUGUUCCCUAUAAUUGUUCCCUUAAUUUUUUUUAAAUUUAGUGGUGUGGUUUUAUUUUAUUUGUGCGGGAUGAGUACAGAAAAACAUAAAAAAUUUCAGCCUCUGGAAGUGUGCAGUGUAGAGGAUUACAUAGUGACCUAACAAAUAAAUGGUCGCUGGUUCAAUUCCAGAACACAACUCUCCUUUUGGGUUGUGUCAGGGAGGGCUACUGGUAUUAAAAGCUGCUGAACUACCCUUAUCACAAGAGGUCUGCUGAAUGUAGCUCUGUGUGUGUGUAUAUAUACAUAUAUACGAUCACAUUGCAGCAACUUAAUGCAUUAUUAAAGACUGCAAAAAUGACCUGCUGAGGUUCAACGCAGUGCUUAUGCAAUACAAUACUGCAAAUUUGGGUAUAAAUCCAAUACCAAGUAAAUACACAGCCAGUAUUGCUGAUACAGAUACUGAUAUUUUUUACCUAUAAAAGCAGCGUAUGUAGGGGAGAGCAGCGGGUCGUGAUUAAUGAGAUGAAUCCUUACGUCCCACAAUAUUUAGUUAAAACGAAAGAACACAUAUUUCAGCUUUUUGUGUAUUUUGAAACUGUUUUUUGGAGACCUGGAAUGUAAAUGUGCCUGUCUCU